AUGAAUAACCAGUCUCUUAAUAAUCUUACCUGUCCUAGUAAUUGUCUACCGGAAGAUUAUGAUGAAAUUUGGAACGAAAUACAUAUGGCAAUUUGCCUUGCACAAUGCUUAGAAUGCGGACGUUUUUGUGAAUAUGAAACAGAUUUAAUACCACCGGAAUAUCUUUACCAUCUCUCUUCCUGGAUUGACGUCAAAAAAAAGCUUAAUGCAUGGAGUGCACUUUCUCCAAAAGAUCGUUCUUAUAUAACAGCAAUACACACAUCUUAUUUCGGAAGAAAUG